UCUCUUUCUCUCUCUGCCCUUCAUAAUACAAGAACCAAGCCAAUUCUGAAUCGCCUCGUCUCUGGGUACUCAAAACAUGCAGCGAGACUACAAUGGCAGACCCACCUUCUCGCAGAUCAUCGUGGCGUCCUCCAUAGGGUUGAUCAUCGCCGCGGCCGUGCGUUACCAGCUACGGAGGCUGAGGGACCGGAAGAUAGCCCCGCGCCUGCGGUUGUCGGACUCCGGCCGGGUCGUCAAGCUUGAAAAGUUCUCCCAUUAUGUAGCGAGGCAAAUGGGAUUCAGCGACAGAAGAGAAUGCCCACAGUUAUGCAAAUUAGCUGCUGAAUAUAUCACGAAGUGUGAAGGUUUCGAGGAUGACAUCUACACUUUCUUCUCGGACGAACCGGAUGCAGAUUCGCUCUUUGUGAAGCUUGUGGAAGAGUUCGAGAGGUGCAUCCUCAGCUACUUUGCAUUCCACUGGAGCCACGCUGAGAUUAUGAUCAGUCAGGUCUUAAGUUCAGAUGCCGAGCCGAAGAGGAAGUUAAAGGACAUUGUCAUGAAGGCAACUAGACAACAAAGAUUCGAGACCUUGACGAAAAACCUAAAAGUGGCUAGAGUUUUCACAACAUUAGUGGAGGAAAUGAAGGCAAUCAGGGCAUCAAAUGAUGACUCAGAGUGCACCGAUGUAAUGGCUCCGGUGGCUCACUGUGAUCGGAGUCCGGUCCUCCUCUUCAUGGGUGGUGGGAUGGGAGCAGGAAAGAGCACUGUUCUGAAGGAUAUUCUGCAAGAGCCAUUCUGGGCAGGAGCGGCAGGGAAUGCAGUAAUCAUUGAGGCAGAUGCCUUCAAAGAGUCUGAUGUCAUUUACAGAGCUCUUAGCUCCAGAGGUCACGUUGACAUGCUGCAAACUGCUGAACUAGUGCACCAAUCAUCUACAGAUGCUGCAUCAUCAUUACUCGUCACAGCACUAAAUGAAGGACGAGAUGUGAUCAUGGAUGGCACGCUUUCCUGGGUGCCAUUUGUUGUGCAGACAAUAACAAUGGCCAGAAAUGUCCACCGCCAUCGUUAUCGCAUGGGUGUCGGCUAUCGGAAAGGAGAAGAUGGGUCAGUGACCGAAAACUACUGGGAACGGAUCGAGGAAGAAGAACAGGAACAAAUUGGGGGAAAGAAGAGAAAACCAUACAGGAUAGAGCUAGUUGGAGUUGUUUGUGAUGCUUAUUUGGCAGUUAUCAGAGGAAUAAGGAGAGCAAUCAUGUGCAGAAGAGCGGUGAGGGUGAAAUCUCAGUUAAGAUCGCACAAAAGAUUUGCGACUGCAUUUUUGACUUACUGUCAACUAGUCGACAAUGCUAGGCUAUACUGCACUAAUGCUCUAGAAGGCCCUCCAAAGUUAAUAGGAUGGAAAGACAGAGACAAGACAUUGUUGGUUGAUCCAGAGGAAAUAAGCUGUUUGGAAACGGUGAGCAGAUUGAACGAAGAGGCAGACUCCAUAAACGAGCUCUACAGACGACCAAACCCAGCUUGUGAGGCCGGUUCAGUUUGGAAAGACAUCGUACUAUCACCUUCAAGGAUAAACAUACAGCAGGAGCUGAAGUAUUCAAUCCAGAAAGUUGAGAGAUCGAAGUGACUGAUUCACAACGCAGGAACUGCAGCUUCAUACUAGAAUUUACAAUUCAGCUUCACACAUCGAUCAGACUUUUGUUAUUCUGAUCAGAAGCACAGGAACUUUGUGGGGUAGAUGGAGCUUGUAUGUAAAUUUAAGCAUCUGAAUUUUAUUGCAACUAUAAAUGCAUACAAGAAACACUUGGCCAUCAUAACUAAGAGUGCUAAAGAGAGCCGAUACAUCCUAUUUUGUGGUAAUUUGUUUAGAAAAAUCUGUUCAU